AUGGACGUCAAGAAUGCCUUUCUUAAUGGUGAUCUGGAGAAAGAAGUUUUCAUGAAAUUACCUCCUGGAUUUGAAAGAGAUGAAGAACCAGUAAUAACUGGAGAUGAUACUCAAGAGAUUAAUAAAAAGCUCAAGAGAUGCCUACAAGCUGAAUUUCAGGUUAAAGAUCUUGGGAAGCUACAAUACUUCCUUGGAAUGGAAAUUGCGAGGAGUAAACAUGUGGACAUGAAGAUGUAUCAACAAUUGGUAGGGAAGCUAAUAUAUUUGUCACUUACAAGACUGGAUAUAGCUUAUAGUGUAAGUGUUGUGAGUCAAUUUAUGCACUCUCCUACAAAGAGACACCUUGAAGCACUAAAUCAAAUUCUGAUGUAUCUAAAAGGAACAACAGGAAAAGGUCUGUUUUUUAAGAAGAAUGAACGAAGAGAUGUUGAAGGAUUUGCAGAUUCAGAUUGGGCAGGUUCAACUGACACAAAGUCUACUACUGGGUAUUGUACUAAAAUAUGGGGAAAUGUAGUGACAUGGAGGAGCAAAAAGCAAACUGUGGUGGCAAGAAGCAGUGCAGAAGCAGAAUAG